GAUGACAGAAGAAGAUGACAGUAUGUACUUUCUUAAUUAGAUAUUAUUGCCUUUGAAGAAGAUGAUGACAAUUCUCCACCAAAAGUUCAGCCAAAAAUAUCUACCAGAUUUAAACAUAAGCAAGUGAGAUAACAAGAGAUAAACAAUGAACAAGCUUAAGAGGCGAGUGAAGAUGGUCCUGUAAUCAAUUUUACCAAGCUGUUUAAAACUAGUAAAGAAGCAGGAACUUCGUAGGGCAUAAAAGUUGAUCCAAUAUAUGUAGCUCCUAUGGCUAAAUCUCUCUUUCUUAAUCCAGGUGAUUAACAAGAGGAGGAUGAUGAUCCUGGAGUUUUGAAAUUAGAAGAUCCUGAAGAUUAGCCAUAACCUCCAGAAGAAGGAGAUGUUUUCAUAAAGUCAAAAUCUAAUCGUUCUUAGAAGAGUACUCCUAAGAAAGAUGAAAGUAUUUUGGAUGUCAUUUAAAAAUAUGAUGGAAAAAAUAUUGACAAUAGUUUAGAAUUUUCUGUACAUCCAAUAGGGAAAGGAACUACAGAAUAAUUCCCAGCUAGUUAAGAAAAUAGAGAUGAAUUAGUUGAUACUAUCUUUAGUUAAUAAUUGAAGAUAGGCAUUCAAUAAAAUGAUCCUAAAACAGACUAUUAUGGAAUUUCUAUGUUGACUUAAAAAGGCAGUUUGUUUUAGAAUGCACUAAAAAUGUCAUUUAAACGUGCUUUCAUGACUCCAAUUCUACCAUUUAUCAUAAUCAUUACUAUUUUGGAUUAUACUAUGACGUCAGUUAAUGUAAUUUUCUAUAACUAUUUAUCAAGCAAUUUUAAUUCUUUAUUAUUUACAUCUUAUUACUUGCUACAUUACCAACAUUGUUAUGGUAUAGAGUCUAUAAAUAGGAAUUAGAAUUGGAAUUCAAAUUUGAUAGAUAAUUAGUAUCUGUAUUCGAUUUCGCAUAAAAAAGAUUUAGCAGUAGAACUAUAAUUAGAUUAUUUCCUGGAUGCAUAGUAUAAUUAAAAAAGGGUGAUAGAGUGCCUGCACCUAUGAUUAUUCUAAGUUCUGAGGGUUAAGAACAUGCUUAAGUCAAUUUCGGUGAUGACGUAAAAACUUAUAAAGUGGCUGCUCCAAAAUUAUAAGAACCUGAUUUAACAUAUAUUGAUGGUUAAUUGGAGUUCAAUUAAUUACCAAUAUUUUCAGAAAAUACUAAAGCUAGAUUAAGAUUGGAUCUAGUUGAGCCAAUAGAUAUUUAAUUGAAUUAGGACCAUUUAGUUGAUGAAAAUGGAAUUGUGGAAUCAUCUUAAUUGAUAGGUGUUUUACUUCAUUCAUCUACUCGUUAGAAAUAUUUAAGAGAAGCUUUAUCAUUUAAUUUACCAUUAUAUUUAAAUCCAUUAAAUUCUGAGUUUUUUAGUAUUGGAAUUGCUAUAGUACUUUCAAUUACAUUUUCAAUUGCAGGAUCUAUUUGGAGUAGUAAUAAUAAGGAUAAGCAUCUUUAUAUAAGAGAAUAGAGCAAUUAUAAUUUUAUUUCUUUAUUAAUUGAUAGAUUGAUUAUUUUUAGCAAUAUAGUACCAAUAUUUGUAGAAGUAUUUAGACCAAUAUUUUUAUUGUUGGCAAGGAAAAAAGUAAAUGGUGAUAUUGGAAUGGAUCCUUAGAGAUCAGGAUAAUUAACUAAAUUGAAUAGUUAUAUAGCAUUGGAUAAUUUAGCAAAUACAAAGUUUGUUAAUUAUGGUUAAGUAUUAAAUGAACCAAAGUUAAGAGUAGGAAAAGCUACAUUAUUAGGAGGACCAUAAGGAGAGAAAAAAGAUAAUGAAAAGAAUAAUGAUGAUGUUAAAUUAUAAGGAUAUGAACCAAAACCUAAUAAAGAGAUAAUGGAUGAUUAAAUUUAAGUAAAUUAAUCAACUGCUUUUGAAUAAAUAGAUUUAGAAUAUGAUGCAUAAUGUGAUGAUAAAGAACGUAGUACAUUUGUAUUUGAAAGAGCAUUAUUGACAUUACCAUAUAAGACUUUAAAUCCUACAUAAUUGGCUAUAUAGAAAUAUUGUUAAUUGGGUGAGUGUGUACAAUUUUCAUAUGAUGAUAAUUAAAGAAGUGUAUUAUUACCAAAGGAAGUAUUAAGAACAUAUACAGUUAAAUUGAUUGUUAAUACUGAAUAAUGGGAUGCAUAUUUAUAUGAGAUGCCAUUGUUAGAAGAGAAGGAUUUAGAAUCAGAUGAUGAAGAAGCAUCAGAUUUAUAAUAAUUAUAAGAUAGAAUAAAGAAAGAUAGAGAAUUAUUUGAGAAAAUGAAUAGUAAAAGAUAUAUUUGGGUGUUGUAGGCAGAUAUUGAAAGUACUUUAUGUAAAGAACAUCCACAAUUAUCAUAAUUUAUGUCAGGUAAAGCUGUUUUUGAAUAUACAUUCUAAGAAUAAGAAUAUUAGAGAUUGUACAAAUAAUUAGGAUCAUCUGCUUUUAAAAGAAAAUAUAUAUAAUUACCACCUUUUGCAGAAGAAUAAUUGAUGACUUAAAUAAAACCUUGUGGAGUAUUUUAAUUUUAGACUGUUGCCCAUCAUAAUUUUCAUUUGUUAUUAGAUUUAAAUUUAGCUAUUAUAAGAUAAUGGUUUUUUAUUAGAGAUGUAGAGAGAGAUUAAACUUUAUAAUAUUUGAAAUAAUAUAUGGAAUGUAUUGAAUUCACAAAAGAUGAUUUACAUAAUGAAAUGAAUAGUGUUAAGAGUUAAGCUGUUCCAUUAUUUAAAUAAUCUACAAGAGAAUUUAAAGUGUUUGAUAAUUUAUAUAAGAUUGAUGAUAAAUUCAUUACUUUAAUUAUUAAUUAAGAAGUAUUAGAUUAAGCAUUAUCAGAUGGAGAAAUAAGAUCACAAUUUUAUGAAGUUAUUAUGAUAGCAUCUUUUGUUGUAUUUCAUGAUCUUAGUAAAGUUUAGAUAGAAUAACUUAUCACUUUUUAAAAAGAUUAAUCUAAAAAUUAAGCAAUUGUAUCUGUUGGAUUACAUGAUGAAGAUUUAUGUUUAUGCAAAGUUAAUACUAUUAGAGCAAGUGUUCAAUCUUAAAGUGCUAAAAAUCCAUCAUUAUUUUCUGCCAUGAGUCAUAUAGAAUUAGUUAAUUUAGAUGGAUUAUCCAAACUUAUUUUAACUCAUGCUAGAUAAACACAUGUCAGAACUGCUGGAUUCUUGUUAUUCAUCCUUUAUAAGGGUUUCCUCAUUACUAUGUGUGAAUUCUUUUUUUCAUUUUUUAAUGGAUAUUCCAGCACAUAAUUAUUCACUACUAGUUUCCAUUUCAUGUUUUAAACAUAUUUUACACCAUUAUAUGGAUUUUUAAUAUUUUCAUUUUAUUCUGAUGUUAAUCAUCGAGUAAUUAGAAUGUUUGCUAGUGAAUUUAUCAAAUGUCAAAGAGAUUAUUAUUUCAAUAAAAAGAAACUUUUCCUAAUAUUCUUUGAUUCUGUUUAUCAAGGAUUCAUUAUAUUUUAUUUACCAGCUAAUGUAAUAUUACUAUAAUAUGUUAUUAGAUUCUAUAAUAUGCUAAUAAUUCAGAAGGUAUCAUAGAAGGAUUUUAUUAUAUUUCCUUAGUCUCUUAUUUGACUGUCCUUUUGACUACCCAAAUGCAACCAAUACUAUAUUUAAGCACACUUUCCAAAGAAUAAAUGUAUAUAUAUAUAUAUAUCUAUUUUAGAGUUGUAAUUAUGUUUAACAUUACAAUUUGUAUAUUAAUAUUAUUCACAACAUGCUCAUCUGAAACUUGGAGUACAAGCAUUCCAUAAUAUACUCAUCAUUUAGAAUCUAUUUUAGAUAGUGUAAAGAGUGUCUUCAUUGUCAUAUUCUUAUCUUGUAUUUCUUUAACUCCAACUAUCAUUCUAUAAUAAUUUGAAACUGUUUCUGAUUCAUAAUUGAUCAGAAUGAUUCAUUAUUAUGAAGAAAAGGAAGAAGUUGAAGAAGAACCAAAACAAAAACCUUAAGAACAAAAACAAUCUUAACCAAUUGAUACCAAAUAAUUAUAAACUAAAGGAUUAGAAUAAUCAAUAAUGAUAGAAUAGACUAGUUAAGAUUAAAUAAAUAUGUCCUAGGACAAUCUAUUAUAGAAAUGAUUUU